AGGGUUUGCUAACCGAAAUUCAUGGGAGGAAUCGACUGGCAAGGAUUUUGUGGAGGAAAACUAUGGGACAAUCCUUUUCCUGACGGAGGACUACCGAACGUCUCAAUAUGUUUUCAACACACUAUACUAGUCUGGGCUCCUGUUGCCUUCUUCUGGGUUCUAUUCCCUUUCCUCAUGGCACAGGCGUCAUUAACAAGUCGAAAUUAUCCACCAUUACCAUGGAGUACACAUCUUAUACUGAAAAUAGCUCUAACAUCUUUGAUAACAUUGAUUUCCUUGAUUAUCUUGUUACAUAAUGUUUUUUCGUCAUCAUCUUAUCCUCCAUCGGACAUCUUAUACCCUAUAUUGUGGGUAUUCACGUUUACUGCCACGACAGCUGCACAUUUGAUACGAAAGAAAUCAGGCAUGGUUACCUCAGGCAUACUACAUCUCUCAGCUAUAGCAUUUGCUGUAGCUGGAGGACCGCAAUUCUAUCAGAACGUUAGGGAGGGUAAUGACGAUCAGUCUUACCUGACAUCUACUCUAUGCAUCGCUUACCUAACAUGGUAUACUGCCGUAAUAGUCUACAUGUUUCUCAUGUGUUGGGCCGAUGCGCGAGACCCAAGCGAAAAGACGAAAAAAUCGGUUGAGUUGGACAGCUCUUUUUUGAACCGUCUGACCUUAUGGUGGUACAAUCCCAUCCCAAUCGUAGGUUCUAAGAAGGAUCUAGAGCCCGAAGAUCUCUUUGAUUUGAAUGAAGGAAGUACAACAAAAUACCUCAGUGAUCUCUGGGAACAGUACUGGGAGCCGAAGAUGGCAGAUUAUCGAAGGAAGAUGGAGCUUUAUACAAAAACAGUAGGGAAGGACAAAGAAAAGAAAGAAAAAGAGCCUUCUCCUCCUUCGGUUGUUUGGUGCCUUUUCCGAAUGUUCAAAUGGGAGAUACUGACUGCUACCGCACUCAAGAUUUGCAGCGACACUUUGCAGUUUGCGAAUCCAUUUCUUCUACAUCAACUAAUAGGAUUUGUAUCUGAUAUGAAAUCACCUCUCUGGAUUGGACUGUCCUACUCUAUACUGAUGUUUGUGGCAUCGGAAACUCGGUCAUUUGUGCUAAACUCAUAUUUUUACAUAAUGAUGCGUAUGGGAAUAAAAUUUCAAUCUGUUCUCACAGCUGCCAUCUAUAAAAAGACCCUAAAGUUGUCUAACUCUGCUCGCAGAGACAAAACUGUUGGUGAGAUUGUAAACCUCAUGGCUAUCGAUGUGGAAAGGUUCCAAAUGAUCACUCCACAAAUACAACAGUUUUGGAGUUGUCCAUAUCAGAUCACCUUGGCAUUGACCUAUCUAUUUCUCACUCUCGGGUAUUCAGCUGCACCAGGAGUUAUUAUAAUGAUAAUUUUCCUCCCGACAAAUAUCAUCGGAUCUAUUAUUGUCAAGAAAUGGCAGGUGCAACAAAUGAAACUCAAAGACGAAAGAACCAAGAUCGUCAAUGAGGUUCUGAAUGGAAUAAAGGUGAUAAAGCUAUACGCUUGGGAAUUACCAAUGGAAGAGUUGAUCGACCGCAUUCGACAAAAAGAAUUAGCAUUGUUGAAAAAGUCAUAUCUUGUCAGAAAUGUCAUCGACUCUUUCAAUACUGCCAGUCCAUUUAUGGUAGCUCUCUUCUCAUUUGCUACAUUCGUAUUGACUUCAUCUACACACGAACUUACGCCACAGGUCGCUUUCGUUUCACUCACUUUGUUCAACCAAUUGCGAUCACCUAUGACCAUGAUUGCUUUCUUGAUUGGCCAGUUGGUGCAGGCAGUUGUCUCCAACAAACGUUUAAAGCAGUAUUUCACGGCAGACGAGCUCGAUCCCAAUGUUGUCGAAAGAGAUUUGAGGAUUGAGAAUCCAAAGGACGUGGUUCAUUUCGAGGACUUCUCAGCAACUUGGGAUUGCGACGAUGGGCGAUCUACUACUCUACAGGAUGUCAGUUUCACAGCUGCAAAGGGAACCUUUAUCUGCGUGGUUGGGAAAGUCGGUUCAGGAAAAUCUAGUCUGUUGUCGGCACUUUUAGGCGAAAUGGGAAAAUUACGCGGUAGGAUAGGAAUGCAUGGUAAAGUUGCCUAUGUUCCGCAGCUACCUUGGAUUCAGAAUAUGACUGUUCGUGAUAAUAUCUUAUUUGGGAAACCUUAUGAUAAACGUCGUUAUAAUCAGGUACUUUCUGCUUGUGCUCUCAAACAAGAUCUUCGAAUACUUACAAAUGGAGACAUGACAGAAAUUGGCGAGAAGGGAAUCAAUCUUUCUGGCGGCCAGAAAGCUCGAAUCUCGCUGGCAAGAGCUGUGUAUCAAGAUUUUGACGUCUAUCUGCUUGAUGAUCCACUCUCGGCUGUAGACGCUCAUGUUGGGAGACAUAUUUAUGAAAACGUACUCGGCCCCAAUGGUCUUCUCCGUGACAAAACGAGGAUUUUGGUUACCCACAGGUUAUCUUACGUCAAAUCAGCUGACGAGAUAGUGGUGCUGGGAGAUGGUCGUAUCGUUGAAAAUGGUCGCUACAAUGAGCUGAUGAAACAACAUGGAGUAUUUUGCAAAUUCGUGGAUGAAUAUAAUUCAAAAUCAGAGGAAGAAGAAGGAGAGGAAACCGAGAGCGCUGGAACGGCCGAAGCAGCAGAAUCUGACAGAGCAUCGGACGGUGAUGUGACGUCGGAGGUCGCGAAAAUUGGAAAGAGGACUAGUGUCGUAUCGGUGACUUCCACUCGUGCUGUGAAGGAAGAUGAUGGGAAACUCAUACAAAAGGAGUCAGUGGAAAAGGGAAAUGUCAAGUUUUCCGUGUACCACUUAUAUAUACAAGCUGCUUCCUACUGGAGAAGUUCUUUCUUCCUCGUAUUCCUUGCUGGUUUCCAAGUACUACAAAUUUUGCGAAGCUUUUGGUUGUCUGAAUGGUCUGAUGAUUAUGAUGGUCAACAUGAGAAUCAUACCUCAACUGCUGUUCGAAUAUCAAUUUUUGCAACGCUAGGAAUACUAGAAUCCCUCGCCUUUCUAUUCUCACUUGUAAGUCUUGCAUUUGCUGGGCUUUGUGCUUCAUACAAUCUUCAUUCUCCAUUACUUCACAAUCUUCUUCGUUCACCAAUGUCAUUUUUCGAUACGACACCAUUGGGACGGAUUCUCAACCGUUGUGCAAAGGACAUAGAAGUGGUGGACAUGUUGCUUCCAAUCAAUUUUCGAUAUCUUGGAAUGUGCGUGUUGCAAGUUAUCGCUACGCUCACAGUCAUCGUCAUAUCGACGCCAAUAUUCGUGAUAGUUAUCAUACCUCUGGGUGUAUUCUAUUUCCUUUUCUUGCGUUUCUAUGUGCCCACCUCUCGGCAACUCAAACGCCUUGAAAGUAUCCAUAGAUCUCCUAUUUAUUCCCAUUUCUCCGAGACUAUCCAAGGAGCUGCAUCUGUACGAGCUUUUGGCAAGGUAGAAGAGUUCCGGAAUAAUUCUGCUAAUACUGUUGAUGCGUUCAUCAAGUGCAAACAGUCAAAUGUAGCGUCAAAUCGCUGGCUGGCUGUCAGAUUAGAAUUUAUUGGAAAUCUUGUGAUAUUUUUCGCAGCUCUUUUCGCUGUAAUCUCAAAAGAACUCGGCUGGGUCACAAGUCCUGGCAUCAUUGGUGUAUCUAUUACUUACGCUCUAAAUGUCACGGAAGUUCUAAACUUUGCAGUGCGACAAAUUAGUGAGAUCGAAGCGAAUAUUGUAGCCGUAGAACGGAUUAACGAAUACACUGUUUCGCAGACUGAGGCUCCAUGGGAAAUCUCUGGGUACAAACCACCUAGAGACUGGCCUUCACAUGGAACCGUCAAAUUUACGAAUUAUUCCACCAGGUAUCGGGAGGGUCUUGAGCUAAUUCUGAAAGACAUCUCUGCCGACGUGGGUGAGGGAGAAAAGAUAGGAAUCGUGGGCCGAACAGGAGCAGGAAAAAGCUCUUUUGCACUUGCGCUGUUCCGUAUAGUUGAGCCUGCUAGCGGUGAAAUUGUCAUUGAUGGUGUCGACAUCUCCAAAAUAGGAUUGCACAAUUUACGAGAGGGAUUAACCAUUAUUCCUCAGGACCCGGUUCUGUUUUCUGGAACACUUCGAUUCAAUCUGGAUCCGUUCGAGAGAAGUACCGAUGCGGACAUAUGGAAAGCUCUUGAACUUGCUAAUAUCAAGGACUGCGUAUCUGGUUUCCCUGAUGGAUUGGAUCACGUCAUUAGUGAAGGUGGAGAAAACAUCAGCGUUGGUCAACGACAGCUUGUGUGUCUCGCACGCGCAGUAUUGCGGAAUACGCGAGUGCUGGUAUUAGAUGAAGCUACGGCUGCAAUCGACGUCACAACUGAUGGGCUUAUUCAGGCAACAAUACGUGAACAGUUUGUGAAAAGCACCGUCUUCACUAUUGCUCAUCGUUUGAAUACUAUCAUGGACUAUGACAGAAUUAUGGUGCUGGAUCAUGGUCGGAUUAUCGAAUUUGAUUCACCUUCGAAACUACUGGAAAAUCCAGACUCGGCAUUCUCUAAAUUAGUGCAAGACUCAGAGUCCGAGUCAAAGAGUUCUUGAAAUGGUUGAGUGUGCAGAUGCGGGUUUUAUACAGAAGUAUCUUUCAUCCUCACUUCGUUGUUAUACAAUUGUUCUCUUUUCCUAGGAAAAUUGAUGCCGGGUGCAUUGUCAUGAAAACUUUGACAAGUUUUAAAUGUCAUAGCCUUCAUUGUACUACUUAUGAUUAUUUGAAGCAUAGUUUGCAAGUUGUUCAUUUUUUUAUAUGAUGUAAAACUUGUCACUAUAAGUCGAGCUUAUGGUUAGUCAUUGU